UAACAUACUAGAUUUUGAACUUUUACAGCUGUCAAAAAAUAUCAUGGAAAUUAACUUUAAAGGCAAAAAUGCUGUCGUGACAGGCGCUGGAAAAGGUAUCGGUCGGGAUGUUGCCAAGCGUCUGGCGGCCCUGGGUGCGCAUGUGGUGGCGAUCAGCCGAACACAAGCCGACCUCGACUCGCUCAAGACAGAGGUUCCGUCCAUAGAGACGGUUGCGGUGGACCUAGCUGAUUGGGCCGCAGCACGGACGGCUGUAGCAGCCAUACCAAACGUGGAUAUGCUUGUCAACAACGCCGGGACCAACCGCCUCGACAAGUUCCUCGACGUUAAAGAGGAAGACCUGGACCUAGUUAUGGACAUAAAUUUCAAAGCCGUCUUCAACGUUGCACAGGUGGUUAGUCGACAGAUGGUUGACCGGAAGUCGGGAGGGGCCAUUGUGAAUGUUUCUAGCGCCGCCUCGUAUCGGGGUCUUCUUGACCACGCUGUCUACUGCGCGAGCAAGGCUGCCGUCGAUAAACUCACCAAUGUCAUGGCAUUAGAACUCGGCCAAUACAAGAUUCGAGUCAAUUCCGUUAAUCCAACCGUCGCACUAACGGAGUUGGGAAAGAUAGCUUGGAGCGAUCCAGUCAAGGCCGACCCGAUGCUGGCUCGAAUACCUAUGGGCAGAUUCCUGGAGGUUUCUGAUAUUGUUGACGCCAUCGUGUACCUGCUGGGUGACGGGGCUUCCAUGGUUACAGGCAUCAACCUCCCCGUGGAUGGCGGUCUGGCCACCAGUUAGAAUAACCUCAUUUUGCUCAGUUAAAAGAAACGGAAUCCAGAUAAACCAAUCGUGCCAAUGGUUAUUCACUAAAAAUGAAUAUUGUGUUUGAUAGAUGUUGUGCUAAUUGGAAACUUUUUUGCGGUUAGAAGGUUUUCAGAGGGUUACAAUGGGCGGAAAUUUAGACUGCCAGGCGCCGGCGGUGUCGUUCGUUGAAUAUUACAAAUACCUCAUACAAAGCGCGUACAAAGCUCAUACAAAUUGCUAAAAAUAAAUAAUAAAAGACG